AUGUUAGCUAGAGACAGUACGAGCCUUGCAAGGUUAACCUACCAGCUUGCACCCUACGGUGAAGCAAUGUUGGGACAUGGCACAUAUAGCAAUGUGUUCAAGGCGAUUGAACUAGGAUCCGAGAAAACAGCGGCUCUUAAGACUUCUCGGCAAGCCGCUAUUCCCUCUGUUUAUGGAUACGGUCAAUUGGAACAUUUCGAGUAUAUGGCUAUGGAGAUUCUGGGGCCAAGCGUCGCAGAGCAGCAUCAGAAGAAUGGUCCCGGUGUGAUGUUAAACACCGUCACCCAAAUCGUGGGUCAAGCGCUGGCAGGACUAGAGCAUAUUCACUCGCUCGGGAUUGUGCAUCGCGACAUCAAGCCUGAGAACUUCCUCUGCACACUUGAUGAUUCGACAAUCAAAAUUAUUGACUUCGGCAUCUCCAAGCCUUUUUCCCAUGAUCAGCCCAGCAAGUACGAGCCGUUAACGGAACGCCGGGCCAUUGUCGGGUCUCUUUACUGGGCAAGUCUCAAUUCUCACAAUGGAAUAGAUCUUGCUCCACGCGAUGACCUUGAGUCCUUAGCUUAUAUCGCCCUGUUCCUUCUUCGUGGAAACUUGCCUUGGAAACCUCGUCCUCGCGAAGAGUCCCAGCUUCGCUCACAAGAGAUCAUCCGACAGAUGAAAUCGAGUUGUUCAAGCAAAGAUCUGUCUGAAGGCCUUCCGGUCGAAUUUGGUGACCUGCUCGACUACAGCCGUUCCCUCGAUUUCAAUCAGCUUCCCGAUUACGGAAUGUUGAGGCGCUCAUUUGCGACUUUGGUUGAUGAAUCCUCCGAUGGGCGACUCGACUGGACGCCUUGCCACUCACAAAUCGGGAAAUUUCUUUUAGACGAGCCCAAGGUUGAGAUUCCUCACGAAGACGAGGAUGACGACGGCGACGACCGUAGCGACGACCGUGGUGAGGAUAGUUACUUCGGAAUGGACAUUGACAUGUGGGACUCGCGUCAAGGGGAGCGAGACAAGGACUUGACGUUACUUGCCGAGCAGGAGGCAGACCUCGAUAGCUGUACCCCCGUGAUCGCAGAGGUGCUUGAUUCGCUCUGA